AGAAGGCAGAGGCCAUGCACAAGGAACCGAGGUAGGGAAUGCAAACGGUUGUGCUUUAUUGAUUCAAUAUAUAGAUUCAAACUUUAUUCUUUUAGUAUGGAUAGUGGUGGCAAUGCCCUAGGCUCGAUCCUGUCGGAAUAUCAACACAAAUAGUUUGAUCCUUUGUUAUAUUGCGCUCAAUUACUAUAUAGCGUAAUUGAACCCGUGAUAGUGGUGAGUUUUUCAUAAUCAUUGAUCGCUCCAGCCGCCAACCUGAAGUUCAUCGUUAUCAUCUUGGCCGCGGUAUGGUGGCCUUCAUCGGAGCUGUUAUCUGUAUUAUCGCUGCAGUCCACACAGGCUCUGCCGCCGCAGCGCCCCAGCCGCCUGCAGCCGACAACCAGUCGACGUCGCCUGACUACGGAGAACAGACUUCCGCCGGGGGCUCGGCACGGGCUGGUCCGCUGGGCGCUCUCCAUGGUUCUGUAACUCCAGAUUUCGAAGCGCCCACCCUCAACAUACUCAGUGUUCUGGACGGCAGACCAGACGCUACGGUCAGCCGACUCAUCUGCACUCCUAUUCCCGCAGGCGAAUGUAAUCGGAAAAACUUUCAGCAACAAGCGGAUGAAUCUUCGGUAUACGCAGGCGAGGAUUGGGGGCACCUUCGCACCACAGCGGAAGAAUUAAAACAGACUGUGCUUCAACAGAAGGACCAGAUUCUCACCGACCAACGGACGAUCAGAGAGCUAACCGGCAAGCUUUCGGAGUGCGAGAGCGGGAUAGAGGGGAUAAACAGUCCGGAAAGAAGCGCGGGGCUACGGAGAGGGAGAUGGGGGGAGGAUGGAGGUCUCAUGGUUCGAGAUAGUCCUCAGGGGUCGCGCGCCGCUGUACAGCUGCUCACAGAUCGAGCAGUUAACGACCUGGAUCAGGCCAUCACUCUGUUGAAAGACCGCAUAGAGAGACUAGAGUCAGACAUCGGACCAUAUCCCCACAACCACACCGCUGGAUCCUCCCAGGCCCCCAGCCCUCCUUCUGCAGCCCUAGGAGGGAGGGGGAAGGCCGGGCAGGAGGCUGGGCUGAAGCGCUGGAGGAUGGAGGACCUGGAGGGAGCGCUGGAGAGGAAGGCUCUGCGCCAGGACAUCCUCCAGCAGCAGCAGGACGUGGACCAGGCUGUCCGGGUCCUGCACCAGCGCCUCGCUCACCUGGAGGACGGCCGGUCAGAGCACCCUGCGCGCUUCAGGCUGUCCUUCUCCACACGGACCAACUCCAUGUAUGCUGUGAUGAGCCGCCCCAUCCCUGAGCUGGCGGCGUUCACUGCCUGCCUGUGGCUGCGGCCCUCGCAGGGGGGCAUGGGCACGGCUCUGUCCUACGCCGUGAAGGAACAGCCCAACGAGCUGGUGCUGCUGCAGGGUCUGCACUCUGCUGUGGAGCUGCUCAUCAACGACAAGGUGGCGGCGCUGCCUCUGAACCUGUCCCGGGGAAGCUGGCAGCACCUGUGUGUGAGCUGGAGCCAGAGGGCUGGGGCGUGGCAGGCCUACCAGGGGGGCAGGCUGAAGGGCCAGGGAGAGGGGCUGGCGGCUGGGCAUCUCAUCAGACCUGGAGGGGUCCUCAUCCUGGGGCAGGAGCAGGACACCCUGGGAGGGGGGUUUGACUGGUCGCAGGCGCUGGUGGGGGAGCUGUCCCAGGUGAACCUGUGGGAGAGGGUGCUGAUGCCUUCGGAGGUGGCCCGGCUGGUGCACUGUGGGCGGGUUGAGCAGGGCAACGUGGCCCCCUGGAGGGACCGGGACCUGGAGCUGUACGGAGGGGCCACCAAGGCCCCAGGAGAGCCCUGCGCCAAACACACACGCCAGUGAGGGACAGGGUGUGGAGGGG